UUUUAAAAAACAGGAAAAAACAACAAUCCACGUUAGCGUUAUUCGCUAACCUAGCGGUGUCAGUGGUCUUGUUAACGUGCUGAUAUAUUAGCUAACAAGUGGAGUCCUAAAUGACGUUGACUUGGACGUCGAGUGCACUAAAUAGGGCGUGAGACGCCAUUACAGCCAUUAUAUUGUAGCGCUGUAGAAGUGCCCUUAUAUAGGGAGCACGCGCCGUUUGGAAUUCAGCCAAUCAGAUGGACGCUAGUGUGGUUACGUCCUAAACAGCGUACUCCUGUACUAAAUAGGACGUCAGAAUGAUGCACUUUGGCGCACUAUUUUAUCAACAAUACAGUGCAGUAGUGUGAGAUUUCGGAUACGACCCCUGUUAGUUCUAGAAAUCUCUUUACAGCAAUAUAGCUAAUUAGCUAGCAACGACAGGUGAAAGGAAGCUUUGGUGUAACUGACUGUUACGACUAAUAAGUUUAGAUAUUUCACUGAUUAUUUUCCACUUUAACGAUUACAAUGAUGUUUUUUCAUGUUCAAUUUUUUUUCUAACUGUUUAAAGGUGAAGAGCUAAUUGAGUUAGAUCGUCGCCUGACUGAAAUAUUAGCUAGAGUUAGCUGUCUGAGAGAAGUCUGUCCAACAAUAUGCCUGUGUAAAAAUGCUUAUUAGUUUAAAAAAAAAAAAAGAAUACACAGACACACCAAUUGUCUGAUAUUUGCAGGAGUUUGUUUGUUUGAUUUAUUUAUAUAAAAUAAAUUACGCAUAAUACGCAGUUUUAUUUGCGUGUGUGUUUUAUAUUUGGUUUAUAGAUACAUCAAAUUGUGUCUUAAAUCAACAACAUUUGUUGUAUUUACUAAAACUUUAGGAUUUCUGCAGAUUUACGUUUACACGCAUAACUUCGGUUGCUCUGUAUGAAUUAUUGAUUUUGACGUUCACGAACGAGUCGACUCCUUUAGUCGGUUCUUUGUAGGUGACCGUUAAGAGCCGACUCUUAAAAAAUGAGGCGUUUUUAUUUUAUUCUUUGUCUUUUAAUAUAGAUGUCAUCACUUACUGUAUAACAUUUAAUCAAAACGCUCUGUAGAAACCUCUUUUUUAAACAUCUGAGCUGUUCGUUCACAUGAAUUCAUUCCUCUUCGAAUAUUUACAGUGAAAUGUCAAUGAGUCGUUUGGGAGAUGAAAGAGUCGACUCGUAUUGGUGAGCCGAGCCAGAUGAUCCGACUGAUUGAAAAGAACCGACAUUCCCAUCAGUGUCUGUCAGAACCACCUGGUUUGGUCUGAAUCUGCACCAUGCCGGGGAAGCUGAAGGCGAAGAUCAUAGCGGGCCGACACCUGCCUGUCAUGGACCGCGCCAGCGACCUCACCGAUGCUUUCGUGGAGGUGAAGUUUGGAAACAUGACUUUUAAAACAGACGUGUGUCCGAAGUCACUAAAUCCUCAGUGGAAUUCCGAGUGGUUUAAGUUUGAGGUGGAUGAUGAGGAUUUGCAGGACGAGCCGUUACAGAUCACGGUUCUGGAUCAUGACACGUACAGUGCGAACGACGCCAUCGGGAAGGUGUACAUCGACAUCGACCCGCUGCUCUGCAGUGAAGCCGCCACCGUCAUCUCCGGCUGGUUUCCCAUCUACGACACCAUUCACGGUAUACGAGGAGAGAUCAACGUGCUGGUUAAAGUGGACCUCUUUAACGACCUGAACCGUUUCAGACAGUCUUCCUGCGGAGUCAAGUUCUUCUGUACCACGUCCGUCCCGCGAUGCUACCGCGCUGUGAUGGUCCACGGCUUCGUGGAGGAGCUGGUAGUCAACGAGGACCCCGAGUACCAGUGGAUCGACCGCAUACGAACCCCACGAGCGUCCAACGAGGCCCGGCAGAGACUCAUCUCUCUCAUGUCAGGUGAGCUCCAGAGGAAGAUCGGGCUGAAGGUGCUGGAGAUGGGCGGGAACGCCGUGGUUGGCUACCUGCAGUGUUUCGACCUGGAAGGAGAAUCUGGCCUGGUUGUGCGCGCCAUCGGUACCGCCUGCACGCUCGACAAAAUCAGCAACACACUCGCACCUACGGGGGCCGCAAACCCCUCUAACUCCUCCCCAUCCAAAGAUAUAAAAGAGGCGGUUUUUGGGGAGGAGGCCCCUGGCAUCUCAUUGUGCUCAGGACCCCCCACCCCACUGAGAGCCCAAACCUUCUCUUCCUUCUCCCCUUCCAAGUCCUACAGCCGCCAGUCCUCCUCCUCUGACACUGAACUGAGCCUCACCCCCAAAACCGGUAUGGGCAGCGGAGGCAGUGGCGGGAAGGAGGCGGGGCCUCUUAAAGCACUUCUGAGACAACAGACGCAAACGGCUUUGGAGCAGAGGGAGUUUCCCUUCUUUACACUGACCAGUUUCCCUCCUGGAUUUCUGCUUCAUGUGGGAGGCGUGGUGAGCGCACGCUCAGUCAAGCUUCUGGAUCGAAUCCACAACCCUGAUGAGCCGGAGACGCGAGACGCCUGGUGGGAGGAGAUCCGACAGGAGAUAAAGUCUCAUGCUAAAGCUCUGGGCUGCCAUGCAGUGGUGGGAUACAGCGAGUCCACCAGCAUCUGCGAGGAGGUGUGUAUUCUGUCUGCGUCGGGAACCGCAGCGAUCCUCAGCUCCCGCUUCAUGCAGGAUGGCGCGCUGGACACAGAGCACAGGUUGUCACGGCAACAUGGCACAGAGAGGGGCGAGGGUGAGAUGGGUAGUUCAGCCUCGUUAGGGUUUGAAGAUGUUGUCCCUCCCGCCUGCGGGUUUUGUCACAUCCCGUAUGAUGAGUUGAACAUGCCGUUUCCGGCUCAGCUCACGUACUGCCACUGCUGCCGCCGCCAUAAAGUCCCCGAUGUGCUCUUCACCACUAUAGACGUGCCACCUGAAGCCCACGUUACCGGCAAAGGCUGCCUUAUACAGGCCAGGCUGUGCCGCACUAAGAAGAAGGCUCAGGGCGAGGGAAACGCCACGUCCAUCAGUAACCUGCUGCCGUUCCUGGAGUACGAGAUGCACACACAGCUGAUGAACAAGCUGAAGCUGCGCAGCAUGAACGCUCUGUUCGGCCUGCACAUCCAGAUCAGCGUGGGAGAGAACAUGCUGCUCGGCCUGGCUUCAGCGACAGGUGUGUAUCUAACAGCGCUCCCGAGUCCAGGAGGAAUCCAGAUUGCAGGAAAGACCCCCAGUGACAUCACAUACGAACAACAUCUCUCAAACAUGCAAAAAAAAAUUAAUGACACUAUCGCCAAAAACAAAGAGCUGUAUGAGAUUAACCCCCCGGAGUUUGUUGAGGAGCUGAUUGGCUCACCGAUUCCUGAGUCCCGGCAGCGGUCCCGCCUCUUUCGCUCGCACUCUGAGAGCUCCGAUGAAGUGAUAGAGUUAGACCUGUCUCACGGGAAGAAGGAUGCCUUUGUUCUGGAGAUCGAUGACACAGAUGCUUUUGAAAACAUUCAUUCCCUCCUGACCGACGCCCCGACACCUCCAGGGUUCUACAGCUGCAACACUGAGAUCAUGCCUGGGAUUUAUAACUGGACUUCAGGACUACAGAUGUUUACCUCUGUGAGGGUGUUCCGACUCAGCAACGCGAACCUGACCACUCAGGGCCUGAAUAAGAUCUUCAGUGAUCUGUGUGAGAACCUGCUCAAGAGUUUCUAUUUCAAAUUGCGCUCCAUGGUUCCCUGCUGUCUCUGCCACGUGAACUUCACCGUCGCUGUGCCCGAGGAUGAGCUCAUACAGGUGGCGGUGACCGCAGUGGCCAUGAGCUUUGAUAAGGAUAUGGCGCAGGAGAAUGGCAGACAAAGCAGAGAGAAAACACUCAUCAAAGUUACAGAAAACGAAGAGCAGCUUCAGUUCCCUUUAGAGCUUCCUGCUGAAUCCUCCUCCUCCUCCUCCUCCUCCAACCCUCUGAGCUCUGCCAAAGGUUUGGCCGAGGUUUCCACAGCUCUCCCGAGUGCUCGAGCCCCCUCAGUUGAUUACAGUUCCUUUACAGACAGAUGCAGUUCCUGGAUAGAGCAGCUUAGACUGAAAGCUCACACCAUAAGACGAGGAUCAAUUAAAACAAUGUCCUCCCUGGAGAAGUCCAGUCCGUUGCCAGAAGGUCGUUCUCGCUCUCUCAGGUCGACUCGUUCUUACCCCGGAGGUUCCGUCACUGUGGUUAAAAUGACGCCACUUUCUUUUAUUCCUGGAACCAAAAUAAUAAAAUACCUCGGCAUCAUCAACAUGUUCUUCAUCAGAGAGACAUCCUCACUGCGAGAGGAGGGUGGUGUGAGUGGGUUCCUGCACUCGUUUAUAGCUGAGGUGUUUGCGAUGGUCCGCGCGCACGUCGCUGCUCUGGGGGGAAACGCCGUGGUCUCCUACAGCAUGAAGGAGUGUGUGUUUAUGGAGAAUCCUAACAAGAAUCAGGCUCAGUGCCUUAUCAACGUGAGUGGAGACGCUGUGAUCUUCAUCCGAGAGUCUGAACUCGAGGCCACACCCCCACAGCCACAAAUGUCCUGCGGUGGAGAGGGGACGUAAACACACACACACACACACACACACACACACGUUUUAUUUAUUGUAACAAGCCAAGAAGCGAGUUCCAAAGAAAAUGUGAGCCAAACACGUGUUGAGAUUUACAGCCGAUCCGCAGCGUGAACACAGACGAGCCGAAAAUAAAUUAAAGUUUUUAUCCGUGACGUAACAAGGUGGAAAACUUCCGUCCGUCUGUCGGCCAUUUUGUACACAUUCCAAUCGCCCUGAGGAAGCUGAGGCAGCUAAAAGCUAAACUGGUGUUGUGUGUGUGUGUGUGUGUGUGUGUGUGUGUGUGUGUGUGUGUAUGUGUUAAGAAUGUCUAACAGUGUCAACACUGAGCGCCAUGUUUUAUUCCUCGCCUACUUCCUGUUUGCUGUAUCAUUAUUAAAGGGGCAGUUUGUAAGGUUUAGCACCCCCCUCUGCCUGUCAGGCUAACUGCAACUGCUAUCAUGAACAGACAAGCUAAUUUCUUCCACCUGUUUGAAUAUCAGUUACAUGUUAGCUUCUUUCAGGGCCAGAAAUAUAUAUUCAAAAGCUUGAAAUGUAAACUAAUAUGAAUUGCAUUGCCUAAAUAUUGCACCUCCUGAAAUAUUUUUGAAGUGUCUUUUUAAAAUUAUUUUUAUUAUUGCGCAUAUAGAAACAUUUCCAUAGAAUCUUUUAUAGGGGAAACUGUGUGAUUCAGGCAGGGCGGGGCUUAUAUACACACACACACAUAUAUACACACAUCAGGGCCAGAAAAAUAUCGAAUAUAUACAAAAGCUUGAAAUGAAAACAAUAAAAUGAAGAACAUGGAAAUAUUUAAUAAUUCAGUUUAUUAUAAUUGCACAUUAAGGAACAUUUCCAUAGAACAUUUUCUAGGGAAAAACUGCAGCAGUGUUUCAGCUGGAGGCGGAGCUUAUUUCAGGGCCAGAAAAAUGUACAAUUCAUACAGAAGCCUAAAUGAAAACGAUUAUCACCUGAAUAUUGCAAUAUUGCAAUUUUUAGUGCACAUGUAGGAACACUCACAUAGCACCUUUUAUAAAAAAAAAAAUAAUAAUAAUAAAAAUUCUGGGGGAGGGGCUUAUUUCUGGGCAGGGAAAAUGUAUACAAAAGACUGGACCGAAAACAAUGAGAAGAAUUGAGAAGAAACCCCCACUAACAUUGCAGCUCCUUUAACUGUUUAGAGGACACUUGAUGAACGAGGAAUUAUUAUGCAUGGUGGAGCUUAUUUCAGGGCCAGAAAACUGUACAUUUCAUACAAAAGCGUGAAAGGAAAAGUUGAAUCACAUCGCCUAAAUAUUGCAAUAUUGCAGUUUUUUAGUGGUAUAUUUAAAAUAUUUACUAUUGCACAUGUAGAAACUCCCAUAACACCUUUUAUUAAAAAAAAAAAAAGUAUCUUCUGGGGGCGGGACUUAUUUCAGGGCCAGAAAAAUGUAUACAAAAGACUGAAACGAAAACAGUGAGAUGAUUUGCACGGUACACCUUUUAAACCUUACAGACUGCACCUUUAACGUCUCCUGUACGAACCACGUACUACUGAUCUGAUCAUAUUCUGAUCUUUUUUUUCUCUUUCUUUCUAAAAAUGCUGGAAUUCUUUUUUUAUUAUUAUUUUAUUACAGUUCUAUAGUCGAUUUUUUUUUCCCUGCAUGUGCAAUGCCAGCUUCUCCUUUCAGUUCUGUGACGGUGGAGUGAAAGGAAGCCAAAAGCAGACGCCCAGAGAAGACUUGAAUGUACAGGAUGGGAGGGGAAAAAGAGCGCUGAUGUAAUCAGAUGGACAGCGUGAUGAAUCCUCUUCUGAUUUUAUUAUUAUUUUUAUUUUUUUUUUAUUUUUUAGAUUUCUACAGCGCAUGUGUGUGUGAGGACAAAUCCAAACAAAUGCUGCACGAUAAUUAAAUUAUCCAUGUUUAACAACCGAA